GUAACUGCAAAAUCUUUUGUUGUUUUCUUGAAACGAAGAGAGAGGAAGAAAAAAAACGUUACCGAUUCUCUUCUUCGGUUUCGCGAUUGAAGUAUCUGUAAGAUCAUCUUCUCUCUCGUUUCUUUCUUUCGAAACCCGUCGAUUAGUCAUUCGAUAUGGCUGAGAAAAACGAUGAAGGAAACGCCAAGGGCUAUGCUUUCCCUCUCAGGAACCCUAAUGUUGUCCUGAACGACAGAAACUUUGCAGCCUUCACUCACAGAUCAGCUGCUGCUCAUCCUUGGCAUGACUUGGAGAUUGGUCCGGAAGCUCCUGCUGUUUUCAACUGUGUUGUUGAAAUUAGCAAAGGUGGAAAGGUUAAGUACGAGCUAGACAAGAACAGUGGCCUUAUUAAGGUUGAUCGCGUUCUCUACUCAUCCAUUGUGUACCCACACAACUACGGUUUCAUUCCUCGAACUAUCUGUGAAGACAGUGAUCCAAUCGAUGUCCUGGUACUGAUGCAGGAGCCUGUGCUAACCGGAUCAUUCCUCCGUGCCCGUGCUAUUGGUCUGAUGCCCAUGAUUGAUCAGGGUGAAAAAGACGACAAGAUCAUUGCAGUAUGUGCUGAUGAUCCCGAGUUCCGUCACUACAGAGACAUCAAAGAGCUUCCCCCUCACCGUCUAGCUGAAAUCCGUCGCUUCUUUGAGGACUACAAGAAGAACGAGAACAAGAAAGUCGACGUUGAAGGUUUCCUUCCCGCUCAAGCUGCCAUAGACGCAAUUAAGGACUCCAUGGAUCUUUACGCAGCUUACAUCAAAGCUGGCCUGCAACGCUAAUGAAGAAACCAGUCCUGCCCAU